AUGUCUCCGCCAGGCCCAAUCACAACACCACUUACGUCCCUAUUGGGAAUUAAGCAUCCCAUAGUCCUCGCAGGAAUGGCCAGAGUGUCAGGCGGUCGACUUGCAGCAGCUGUAUCCAAUGCUGGCGGUCUCGGUAUUAUCGGCGGGUUCCAAUACACACCCAAACAACUUCGCGAGAUCCUGGCUGAGAUGAAGGCCAACUUCUCACGACCCGAUCUACCCUUUGGCGUUGACCUCGCACUUCCUCAGAUCGGUGGAAAUGCUCGAAAGACUAACCACGAUUACACUGGCGGAAAGUUGGAUGAAUUGGUUGACAUUAUCAUUGACAGUGGUGCCAAGCUGUUUGUCAGUGCUGUUGGAGUUCCGCCACCAGAGGUGAUUAAGAGAUUCCACGACAAGGGUAUUUUGGUGAUGAACAUGGUUGGACAUCCCAAGCAUGCAACAAAAGCAUUGGAGCUUGGAGUUGACAUGAUUUGCGCUCAAGGCGGCGAGGGAGGUGGUCACACAGGAGACGUCGCAAACUCGAUUCUCAUCCCUGCUGUUGCCGACAUCGCAUCAAAGUACCAUCCUCCUCUUCUCAAGGGACUGCCAGCACUAGUCCUUGCAGCAGGAGGUAUCUCCUCCGGCCGUAGUCUUGCAAGCUCCCUCAUGCAAGGUGCAUCUGGCGUUUGGGUUGGUACUCGAUUCGUCGCAUCCGAGGAAGCCUCUUGCAGUGAAGAGCAUAAGAAGGCUGUUGUUUCGUGUGGAUACGAAGACACGCAGCGAACGCUUGUUAUCUCUGGACGACCGUUGAGGAUGAAGACGAACGAGUACAUUCAGAAGUGGCACGACCAGCCUGACAAGAUCAAGGAGCUGUGUGAUAAGGGUGUUGUGCCGCUCGAGUAUGAUUUUGAGCAGGGAAACGACUUUGACUUGCCGCAUUUGAUGGGACAAGUUGCUGGAGCUAUCACAAAGGUCCAACCAGCGGGGGAGAUUGUUGAUGAGAUGGUGAAGGAGGCUGUUGACAUGCUCAAAUUGGGUGGAACUUAUUUGACGGCUAUGCCGAGGCUUUGA